GUGAGUAAACGAAGAGUUCAUACGUCUCCGAUCGAAUCAUUUGUAGGAGUGUUCAAUUGAGGUGUCGCAACUUGAACGACAAAUGAGAUUAUGACCGUUGAUUAGUGACGUUUUUGUGUACACAUUCGAGAUUCAUGUUUUCAACCUUAUGAAUUGAAUGGAACACGCGAAUGUGAUGCGUGUUGAAAGAGUUCGCAUAUCAAAGGACAUUGUUUUGAUGAAAUGAAUUUGUUGAUUUUGUUUCGAUAAAUCGAUAUUUGACGUUGUUAUACAUCUCAAUGAAAUUGCACUUCAGUCAAUUCUCGAUUAAUAACUCAUCAUUUUUACUGUUUAGCUGGCAUGUUUACAGUGUUAACGAUAGUUUCGGGAGCAGUCAUCCUCACUCUGAAUAGUGUAAUGUGUCUGGACAAUGGGUUGGCUAGAACACCGCCAAUGGGAUGGAACACAUGGCAAGUAUUCGGCUGUCAGUUGAAUUGUCAGAGGUAUCCAAACAACUGUCUUAAUGAGGAUGCAAUCAAACGAACAGCCGAUAAACUUGUAUCGGAUGGUUGGAGAGAUUUGGGUUAUAAAUAUGUGAUACUUGAUGAUUGUUGGUUAGCAACACAACGUGAUCCGAUAACGAAUAGAAUUAUGGCAGAUCCUUCAAGAUUUCCGAGCGGUAUGAAAGGCCUGGGACAAUAUUUACAUUCGAAAAAUCUACUGUUCGGAGUAACUAUUGGUUAUGGAACUCUGACAUGUUCAGGUUAUCCAGGUAGCAUGAACUUUCUCGAAUUGGAUGCAAAGACUAUGGCUGACUGGGAAGUGGAUUACGUGAAGAUGAACUCUUGUAACAGUCCUGAUCAAAUGAUGCCUGAUGGUUUUGAAAAAUUCUCUCGACUACUUAAUGGAACUGGAAGACCUAUGGCGUUCUUGUGUACAUAUCCUCUAUAUAAUUCAUGGUAUGCAAACCCUCAAUCGGUCGACUGGAAGCGAUUACAAAACAACUGCAAUCUAGUUCGUGCUCUGCCCAAUUCUCAUAGUUUUUGGGGAUCUGUAUUCAAUAUUAUAGAUGGAUAUAAACUUCGCAAUGAUAUUUUGCCGAAAGUGGCUGGUCCCGGACAUUACAACGAUCCCGAUAUGUUAGUCUUGGGAAACAACGGACUUUCGAAUGAUCAAAAGCGAGCUCAUAUGGGCAUGUGGUGUAUGUUCGCUGCCCCACUACUGAUCUCAGCUGACAUGGACAAGGUGGAUGAAUUCAGUGCAUCUCUGUUACGUAACAAACAUUUGUUGGCGAUAGAUCAGGAUAAAGGUGGACAUCAGGCGGAAUUCGUGAAAACACGAAAUGAUGUACAGUUGUGGAUACGAAAAUUAGAUAAUUGUCCAAUUGGUUGGGCAAUCGCUUGCAUCAACACAAAGGUUGAUGGAGGACCAAUCGACUUUAGCACGAAUCUGGAUGAAUUCAAAUCACAGAUGUAUACAAUAUCAGGAGAUAAGUUUGAAUUACUGGAUGUAUUCACGGGUGAUAGAUUCAAAGACGUGAGAUUGACAGAGAACUUUACGAUUUCCAUCAAUCCAUCUGGAAUUAUGAUGUUUCGAGUAAAUCCGUACAAAUUGGUUUAUUCUUACCAAUAAAUUGAUGGAUGUUUCCGUUGUGUGGAUUCUGUUAAUGAUGUUUCGAAUCAUUCCGUUUCAUUUUAUUACCAGUUUUCAGUAAAUUGGUGAUAGUUUUUACUAAUUGUUCGAAGCGAAUUUCGAUGAUUUGUUGAUUGUCAGAUUGAUAAGUAACUAGAUUUCGGGUAAUGGAUUCACAAUUCAUCAACACACUUAAUUUGCUCAAUUAAUGUGAAAUUUAUUUUACACGGAAAAGAAAUGAUUGUAAUUCGCCUUUUUUUCCUUCAAUGUUCUUUUUGGACUAUAAACUUG